ACCAAGGAGGCAGCAGAAGCAGCACACCGAGCAUCAAUGCACGAAUCCUAUUACAUCAUUUUGUCUGGAUCUGAUUUGCUGAAGGUCAGAGCUUUCCAUACAGCACGGUUUUCCAUCCAUCCAGUUUAUUUCAUAAUCUUCUCUCGUUUAACAGAUCCCUAGCAGCGCUGUUCAAACCCUUAAUAAACAGGAUGGCUGAGAGCGAGGCAGGAACCCCGAGCACCCCGGGAGAGUUUGAGAGCAAAUACUUUGAGUACAAUGGAGUGAGGCUUCCUCCCUUUUGCAGGGGAAAGAUGGAGGAAAUUGCUAACUUCUCUCUCAGGAGUAGUGACAUAUGGAUUGUCACGUACCCCAAAUCAGGUACAAGUCUGCUCCAGGAGGUGGUGUAUCUGGUCAGUCAGGGCGUGGACCCAGAUGAGAUUGGGCUGAUGAACAUCGAUGAGCAGCUUCCUGUUCUGGAGUACCCUCAGCCUGGACUUGACAUCAUCCAGGAGUUGACAUCUCCUCGUCUAAUUAAAAGUCAUCUGCCAUAUCGGUUCCUUCCCACAGCCUUGCACAAUGGAGAGUCCAAGAUGAUAUACAUGGCAAGGAAUCCCAAAGAUCUUGUGGUAUCUUACUACCAAUUUCAUCGUUCCUUGCGGACCAUGAGUUACAGAGGAACAUUUCAGGAGUUCUGCCGGAGAUUUAUGAAUGACAAAUUGGGCUAUGGGUCCUGGUUUGAGCAUGUCCAGGAAUUCUGGGAGCACCGCAUGGAUUCCAACGUGCUUUUCUUGAAAUAUGAAGAUAUUUACAAGGACCUUGCGACUCUGGUAGAGCAGCUUGCGAGGUUUCUGGGAGUUUCCUGUGACAAGGCCCAGCUCGAGACAAUGGUAGAGGCCUGCCACCAGCUUAUUGAACAAUGCAGCAAUUCCGAGGCUCUCUCCAUCUGCAGGGGACGAGUUGGCCUUUGGAAAGAUGUCUUCACUGUAUCAAUGAAUGAGAAGUUUGACACAGUUUACAAACAGAAGAUGGGGAAGUCGGACCUCAACUUUGAAUUCAGCUUGUAAAGAGGCCACUUUGCAUGCACUUCCUGUUCUCUCUGUCCCACAUGUAAAGCUUUCAAAUGUCACUAUAAAGCUGCUGAAUCAACCGACUAUUCCGUCCGUAAUACAACAGCACCCAGAUUUAAAUAGGAACUUCUGCAUCUUCACUUGCUGUUUCAUCUUUCUGUAUAACCUUUCAUCUUUACAUUAUAUACAUAUAUGAUAAACCACAAUCAUAAAGCCUUGUGUAAACAAAUGACACUGCCCUGAAUAAAAUUCCCUGGAUGUAACUUAAGUGGUGUAAAAGGUAAACAAGAACCAAAAAAAAAGACAACAACUUAUUCGUGCCAGAAGAAUCUCAGGGUUCAGCUGUUGCAGUAAAAGUCAGAUAACCGGGUUCAAAUCAUAUGACAAUCUCAAUCCCUAAUACUAUAUGAGAACAUGUACCAAUGUCUGAUUCAUCUUAAAAUGGGUGAUAACCUAUUUUCUUACAUCUCAUCAAAAUUAGUAACUCUGUAUCCCUGUUCCCCCGUUUGUUGUGUUAGAGAUAUAUCGGUCCUUUGGAAGUUUUUCUUUGAGCUUUUAUUUAUGUUCAGUACCACACUAUGGAUUUAGAAAUGUUAGGCUGCUGCUACCUGGUAAUGCUUUUUGUCAACAGACUUUGAUGGACCAGAAUGAGGCUGGGACAUGGGAGUGCGAGAAAGAUGCAAAGCCACGGAGAUAGAUUGAAGUACAGGAAGUAAUACUGUACCAGGAAGCAGUGAUUUAGACUUUCCAGUUGUAUAGUUUUGUGCUUGAUAAAUCAGUAAAUUCUCAAUUUAAGUGAAAAAAUAAAACCAAAGAAUAACACAAAGAACUUCAGUGCAACAACCAAACCACUGAUAAUGUUGCUAAAAAUGUGGUUAUGACCCCUUUAAAGCAACUUAAUUGCCUUUGAAGCCGUACAUUAUUCUUGGACACCGGCAUGUAGGACAGCAGUAGGGUUUGCAUCUCUCAACAGAUGCACAGCCUCAGCUGACAAGUCUUUGAAUAUCUGGGGAAAACACGAUCACAGUGAUGCACAAAAAUACUGUCUCAACUGUUUCACUUUUGUGUUACAUUCAUGUAUCUAAAAUAUGAAUUAAAGAAAAAAGGGUUUAAGUCACAGUCACAGUAGCCGCUAUAACCUGAGUUUUGGUGCCCAGAUCAAACCUUAAUGCUUAAUACAGCCAUGUUUUAUUACCAAAAUAACAAAACCAACACAUGGCAACCACGUUAUCGCAGUUGGGAAAUUGACAUUGCAUCUCCAGUUCUGUUGAAUCAACAUGUUGGCAAAUAAAACUCCCAGGGUUUAAACCUGUGUAGAUAGAAAAAUAAAAUAAAAUAAAAAACAGCAGAGGAACUCUAUUCCACUCCUACAUUAAACAUUGGCUCAGCGUGGCCUAGAGGUCCACCCUACCACCAUUACUGCAUAGUUACACACUUUUGAACGUUUUUUGUGUUGUGUGGAUGUGUAAAGCUAAUGUAUAUGUAGAUAUUGUAAGUGACGGUUCUAAUAGCAUGGCUCGGCUUAAUAUCUUGACUUUCUCUGCUGUGCAGUCUCUGGCUAUCUUGUUCAGGUAAUAUUUUUAUAUUUGGUUAAUGUAUAAAUCCUAAGCAAUUGUAAUUUCCAUGCUUGCUUCCUAAUUUAGUAAUAAAGAUCUGAUCUGCGUGUA